AUGGGUCACCUCUCUCAUCGUUCGAUGCUGAUCAGCUCAGUGGUCGCCCUCACAGUGCUGAUCACGCUACCCGCGAUGUUCCACGAGCGCGCGAGGCACUCCAUGAUAACUUUCGCGUCGAACAUUGCCCUCCAGCGGCCGUUGUGUACUGCGGUCCCGGUGGGACCAUGGGCAGAUCCCUCUACGGAACCCGUUCAUGAUCUCGCACUUGUCCCGCAGCGCCGGAAACGCGUCGCCGUCGCGUCCGUUUUCGGCGCCCACUUCGAUGUGUACAUGGCCCUCGUUGGGACCUUGGAGAAAGUCAUGGCGGCUGACCAGCACUUGGCCUUCGAAGGAGGCGUUGAUACGCCUAGCGUGCAGGUGUAUGCUCCGCCAUUUCUAUACGGGUUUGAGGAGGUUGCGGACAGGCUCGAACUGUACAAGGGCGUCAUUUUGCACCCGGACCAGCUGAUCGAGGACGUGCACAAGGGGGAUAUUGACCUAGUCAUCCUUGGGACAUGUGAAAUCGACAUGCCGCGCUGGCACGACGAGCUCUUGGAUGCAUGGGACACGAGGGACGACGUUCACAAGUUUAAAUUAGUUUGCAUCGUGCACCAUGCGCAGCAUGAUUGGCAAGACCGCAUGCCCGCAUGGUCUCUACGCGAUGCGAUCAGGCUACUGCCGAUCUCCGAACAGUGUGUAGCGCCGGGCGAGCUCUCGCCGCAAGUAACUGAUCACCCUCCGCCAGAUGAUCCUGGAGCAUGGGGCUAUCUGCACGCCGUGGACGGAUUAUUUCUCCCAGAUCCGGCGGUGUCCAGCCCAUUCGAACUUCUGUUAGUCGGGUCUGGCGAGAUCGUGGUGCCGACGGAACUAAGCCGGAUGGUGACAAUUCAUCGCGGUUUGCGCUAUAGCGAGUUCUACGAGCUCGUCGCCGGAUCGGACAUCGUUGUGCCAUGUUUCGCUCCGGAUGGAGGAUACUACGACUACCAGGCGAGCUCUAGUGUGGCAUUGGCCGUGGAACUCAAUGUUCCGAUACUCGCGACUCGUCGCAUGAGACAAGCCUACACUUACAUCGACGAUGACCGUGCCGUGAUCACACGGCCGUCCGGCAUUCGCGAGCUCAUCGGGAAGUUCGGCGACCGCUAUAUCACAGCGAACAGCGCGAGAGGCGGACGAAAUGGCCAGGAGUGGUUGGAGACGUGA